GGGAGGAGGACAGGCAGACGCCGAUGGCCCGGGACCAGGGACCCAGGGUUUGAAGACCGACACCGAGAGGAAGCGUGUGGACUGGCAGGCGGGUGGAAUAUAAGGGCUUCCCCUGGGACCUUUCACCAGAGGAGACAGGAGCAGAGAGCCCAGGUUCAGGGGGUCCAGAGGGCAGGCAUGAGGGGCCCGGCCUGCACUGGAGUCUGGCUCUAGAGUCCGCCAGGGCUCCCACUUCAACUGGACACAUUCCACAGGACGUGUGCCCAUGAGGUCGUCACCACUGGUCCUGGUCCUCCUGAUCGGUGUCCAGGCUGGACUGAACAUGGGAGGUGGAGUGGCCCAGCAUUCCGGGGCAUCAGGCCACAGAGCGGCGCAGCAGCUUUCCCAGCACCACAGGACCAAGCGGCCUCAUCGGGGUCACAAGCAGGACAGAGGCUCCACUUCCGUUCCAGUGGUGGACCCCAAGCUCUUCUCCAAGAGGCGCUACCGCUCCUCGCCGAGGGUGGUCUUCAGCGAGGUGGUCCCUUCUCACCACGCUCUGGAAGAGGAGGGGGGGCAGUGGCAGGGAGCGAGGGGGCCACGGGUCCGCCGCAGGGCACGGUCCCACACCAUGCACAGAGGGGAGUACUCGGUGUGUGACAGCGUCAACACCUGGGUGGGCAACAUGACCCGCGCCACGGACAUCGCUGGGAACGAGGUGACCGUGCUGCCCAACGUCACCAUCAACAACGUGGUGAAGAAGCAGUUCUUCUACGAGACCACCUGCAUGUCCCCCACGCGCCGGGGCUCGGGGGCCACCCGCGGGGGGCGACCCGGGGGCCGCGCCGGCAAACAGGCCAAGCCCAGCACCUCGGGCUGCCUGGGCAUCGACAGCCGCCACUGGAACUCCUACUGCACCAACACGCACAUCUUCGUCAGCGCCCUCACCAUCUUCAAGGAACGGACAGCCUGGCGCUUCAUCCGCAUCAACGCCGCCUGCGUGUGCGUCCUCAGCAGGAAGUCGUGGGCGGGGCGCGGGGUGGGACACUGA